CAUUUCCUGAGAUUUGGAGUUUAAGCAGAUCUUCAGUGACAUUGAGAUCAGAUCGAGCAAAAUGCUACAAGGUGACUAUUGCUACUGUUUAAGUUAAGAUGUUUCCAAGUAUAGAACAUUGCACUGAAGAAAUCCAUUCUGAAGUGAACAAGCUCUGUCCUGAUGUACAGCUGCAAACAACAAGUGACUACUUCAAAUGGCUAAAUAGCUAUAAUUAUAGUUUAUCUAAGUCACCAUCCAUUCCCCAUGGAGAUUUGACAAACUUCCUCAAAACAAUGCAAGAUUUAUUGAAUAAUGAAGAAAACCAUGAAGAAAUGAUCCUGGAUUUACUCUGGGACCUCUCCUGUCAAAGCAGCAUCUCAUUCCUGUCCUCCCUGGGUGGGACAACUUUCUGUCACUUCUCCAGGACUUCUAUACAUUCUGUCGAAGAUUUCUCCUCUGUGGAUGUCAAGUCUAUUUGGGAUGAUGUAAGACUACGUCUUCGACGAUUCUUAGUGAACAGGUUAGAAAGAUAUAAUGAGAUAAACAAUUCACAACAAAAAAUUGAACUGAAAACUCAAUGUAUGAAGCAAUUUCUCCUGCUCUACUCAGAGUCAGAAGUGCUUGUCAAAUACAAAAGUGUGCAGAAGAGACUUCUGGAUACGUUUCUGCAAGACUCCUUUCCUACCUGCAGCAGGGAAUCAGAUUUAGACAGAAUUGCAUGUGGAUACCAAAGUGCAAUGCUCACCGUAUAUUCAAUGAUAAAAGAGGAUUUUAACAUAUUAUGUGAAAUCUUAGCUCCAUCGUCAGUGGUGCGAUUCAUUAAUGAAACUUACCUGGGUACAGUUACAGAAGAAAUGACAAAAAUUCUUGAAAAUUUUUGUGAGUUGCAGUUCAAAGAAAAUGCUGUUCCUGUAGGUAAACCAAGCAAGAGCUGCAGCAAGCACAGAGGAGCAGUGCAUACUUUGGGUUAG